GCCUUUAGUCAGGCUGGUCGGCCCAGGCCCAGUUGGUCCGGCUUGCUUGGAAUUCUCUCUACCCUUCCGGAUUCCGGCCACCUCCCUGCCUUCCACUCCGCCGUGCGCCGCCUCCGCGCCCUCCUCCAUGUCGCUCCGCCGCCUAGCCCGUUCCCCCUCGUCGCGCUCUCUCUGCGCCCCGCGCUCCUUCUCCUUCUCCACCUCCGCCUCUCCGCCUCCGCGCGCUCCCGUGCCCGCAUCCCCUUCCUACCUCGCCCACCACCUGCUCGACGAAUUCUCCCGCCCGCGCGCCACCCGCGACGCGGCGCGCCUCCGCCGGCUCGCCGCCGAGCUCACCGCCCCCGCCGCGGAGUCCGUCCUCCUCCGGCUCCCGUCCUGGCGCCACGCCCUCGACUUCUUCCGCUGGGCCGCCGACCAGCCGGGCUUCCGCCACUCCUGCUACUCGCUCAACGCCAUGGCCUCCCUCCUCCCCCGCCACCAGCGCGCGCAUCUCGACCGCCUCGCCGCCGACGCGAUCUCCGCGCGCUGCCUCAUGACGCCAGGCGCGCUCGGGUUCCUCCUCCGCUGCCUCGGCGCCGCGGGGCUGCCCGACACCGCCGUCCGCGCCUUCGACGCCGCGAGGGCCUCCUUCGGUUGCACCCCCAACUCGUACACCUACAACUGCCUCCUCGACGCGCUCGCCAAGGCCGGCCGCGCGGACGAUGCCCAGGCAAGGCUCCGGGAGAUGGUGGCGAGGUGCGGCGACGGGAGCGUUGAUAAGUACACGCUCACCUCACUCCUGCGGUGCUACUGCAAUGCAGGUCGUCCUGAUGACGCCAACGACGUGUUCCAAAGGAUGAGCGAGCUGGGGUGGGUGGACGAGCAUGUGCUUACGACGCUGAUGGUGGCGUUCAGCAAGUGGGGGAAGGUGGACGGUGCGGUUGAGCUGCUAGGGAGCAUGGAAGCACUGGGGAUGAGGUUGAGUGAGAAGACAUUGAGCGUGCUUGUCCACGGGUUCACCAAGCAAGGCAGGGUUGACAAGGCCAUGGACAUGUUUGCCAAGAUGGUCAGUUACGGGUUUGUUGUCGAUUUGGCAAUGUACAGCGUUUUAAUUGAGGGGCUCUGUCAGCAGAAGGACAUUGCGAGAGCAGUGAAGUUGUUCAAGGAAAUGAAGAGCAGUGGAGUUGCUCCUGACGUCCGCUUACUCAAGAAGGUGAUCGAGGCUUUUUGUAGAGAAGGGGAUUUUGCCGUUAUUGGUCCGUUCAUUAAUGAGAAUGCAGAGUAUUUGAAAUCCGGCAGUGUUGUCCCACUAUACAAUGUAGUUUUAGAAGAGCUUGUCCAUUGUGGUGAGGUAGAAGCAGCUUAUCAGUUGCUCCGCUCCAUGGUAUGUGGUGGUCAAGCGGUUAACAAUGAUGUGGCUGGUGGUGCACAUAUGUUGCAUAUCCGUGAAGAUGCUAAACCAAAUUCUGAUUCCUUUAACAUUGUUGUCUGUGGCCUAUGUAAGGUUAAGAAGCUGGAUAUGGCCUUAGCUCUCACAAAAGACAUGAUUAGCCUUGGUUGUAAGGGCAAGAUUUUGAUGUUUAAUGAUUUGAUCCAUGAGUUGUGCAAUAUGGAUCGGUUAGAAGAAGGAUAUGGGAUAUUUAACCAAAUGAAGGACCUUGGUUUGACACCCUCAGAGUUCACAUAUAAUUCAUUGUUCUAUGGCAUUUGUAGGAGAAAAGAUCCAAAGGCUGCUCUGGAUUUACUAAGGGAGAUGCAGACAAAUGGGCAUCCCCCAUGGAUAAAGAACUGCACGGAGAUGGUGCAACAGCUUUGCUUCAGUGGCAGAGUAACAGAAGCAGUGCAAUUUUUAGAUGGAAUGCUUCAAAUUGGUUUUCUUCCUGACAUUGUCACAUACUCUGCAGCCAUGAAUGGAAUGUGUAACACUGGAGAGGUGGACGAUGCGUUACACCUCUUCCGUGACAUUUCCUGUAAGUAUUAUCUUCCUGAUGUGGUAGCACAUAAUAUCUUGAUAAAUGGGUUUCGAAAAUCAAGUAAAUUGGAUGAAGCACAAAAAAUUAUGGAAGAGAUGUUAGAGAAGGGUCUGUUUCCUUCUGUUGUUACCUACAACCUUAUGAUUGAUGUUUGUUGCAAGACUGGCAGGAUUGAGAAAGCAAUUUCUUACUUAGAUAAAAUGGUUUAUGAAGAAAAGCAACCAACAGUAAUUACAUAUACAAGUUUGAUAGAUGGAUUCUGCAGUGCUGGAAGACCUGAUGAAGCCAUUAAGUUGUGGUGCGAAAUGAGGGAGAAAGGUUGUGCUCCAAACAAUAUAGCAUAUACUGCUUUUAUAAACGGGUUGCGCAAAUGUGGCCGAAUAGAGACUGCACUAACCUACUUUGAAGAGAUGGUGACAAAAGGUUUUGAGUUGGAUACUUUUUCCCUCUUAUAUUUUAUAAACUUUUUGAUAUCAAAUGGAUAUCCCAUGAAGGGAUGUGAGCUUUUAAAAGAGGUUCUCCAAAAAGAUACCUACGGCAAUAAUUUGAAAAUGGUAGGAUUAAUAAAUGAAGCAGUUGUGGAGCUGUCGAAAGAUGGAAUAACUUCCUCAGAUAUCCUGAAAUUUGUAGAUAAAGGUUUAGUUUCAAGUUCUCAAACUUUGGACAACAAAGAUGGAGACAAAUGAUAACGGUUACUAGCAUAAGUCAAGUCUUUGUUUGUAGCCAGCAUAUACUGGUCUCAACUCUGUGGUGCCAGGCUCUGUAGAUUGUUCAUUGCUUCUGUCUACAUGUCCUUCUGCUUCGUGCAACUACUUUCCUGCAGCUUAUACUGGUGUCAACUCUGUGGUGCCAGUGAAGGUAAUCUACUACAAAUACUGGAAGGGCUUGAGGCAAGAGGAAAUUGGAGGUGGGCUUUAUCUGUUACUGAGUGGGUAUACAAGGAGAACAUUUACGAGCAUGGAAAAAGCAGGAUUUCUUACAGGAGCUGUCAGAGAACGAUGAGAAAAUCAAGUCCUUAGUCAGCAUGGGUUUUCCAGAAGAUGAAGCAAAGACGGCUAUUACUAGAUGUGGUUUCAAUGCAUAUGUAGAUAUGUUGGCUGAUUCAAUAUUAUCUGGCUGCAGGAAAUGUUUACUCUGCAAACCUAUCUGACUAUGAGGAUGCAGAGUUCAGUUCCUUUGGAGGAAGAAAGAAUACAAGAUUCAUGGAUGGAAGCAAGAAAAAGAGUGGUAUGGAAGUGGGCCACAAGGGAAUCAAAUGCCAUUUGGUGACAGCCAUGAAGAGCCAAUGCCUCUGCCAAAUCCUAUGGUGGAUUGGUGGGAUUCAGCUUGCCCAGUGACAGUUUAAGCCUGAGUUUGUAGGUUCUUUCUGCGCGGCUGCUAGGAAGAUGGACUACAUUCACAACCUGCCAAUUGAGAACAGGUCGCCCGUUCUUCCCCUUCCACCAAAUACAAUAUCUGAAGCCUUUCUUCCUACUAAUAUGUGGUGGCCCUCGAGAUCCAAGAAGACAGUUCAACUACUUGCAAUCUUGCGUGGCAAGCGCGAAGCUUACAGGACGCUGUGCUCUUGCUAGCUUCGGUGGAACACCACCUAUGGUUCGAAAGUAUAUCCUGGAUGAAUGUAGGAAGUGAAAUCUUUUCUGGGUUGGAACGAACAAGGUUGCUCCUCUACAGCAUGAUGGACAAAAUUCCUGUUGGGAAUUGGGAUACGCUAGGAGUGCACAGUCAAACUUCCAUAUGUGAAUAUGGCACUAGGGACAAUUUUAUCAUUUAAUUGUUAGACUUUGCACUAGGAUCACCUAGGUUAGAUCUAGUCGGGUGGUCAACACCCAGUCCACCUCUCCCAAGAUGAAAGCAAGGUCAAGUUUUCUAUUC